AGAGAGAGAGCACAAAGUGGAGAGCUCGUAGAGAAGAAGUGAGAGUAGAGGUAGAGGAAGAGGGUCGUGGAAAACGGAACAAAAUUAAGAAAGUAAAAGGAAACUCGACAGCCUCGCCGAUGAACGUCCACCAUCUUUAAAAAGAGACUUUGAGAGAGAGAGAGAGAGAAGUAAAUUCAUCAGCAUGAUGAAGUCGUGGCGUCACCUCUGCUUCCUCGUUCUAGCGAUGUCGUCUGUCUCCAGAGGACAAAAUGAAACUGCUGCUGUGUCUCAUGACGAGGAUCAUACAGAGAAGACAGUGCCCACCCCAGGCCCGCUGACGCCGAAUGAAUCAAAAGAUGAAGCAGUUCGCCCCACGUCACCCUCACCUUCUCCUCAGAGUCAAACACCGACCAAUGCAGAUCUGCUUACAAGUGCCUUCAGGGCAACACCUGCCGCCGAGCUCAGCCAGCAUACAAAAGUCACACCGAUUACGGACGCUUUCAGCAAAGCAAAGGAAGACGAUGGCGGCACAGCAGCUCAGCCGACAACCGUGGUCGGCGUGCCAGGGAGCGGGAAGGAGGGUGGCGAUGUCAGCGUGGUGACUGAGGUCUCUACGGCAACAGAAAGUACUCCGACAAAGCCAGCAAAAAGUGAAGAACCGGCUCCUUCAUCCUGGGGCUACGUGAUCCUGGUAUUGAUCGUCCUGGUGAUCAUUGUCCUGUGUGCCAUCCUCUACUUGCUCCGGAGAGUCUCCAGAACGUACUCGUUUGACCUCCAUCGUCCGGUUCCUGGAAACAAUCUCAACGAACCCAUCGGCACCUUCGAACAAGUCUACCUGGACGACCUGGAUCAACCAGCUCCGAAAGACCAGCUGACCACGGAUGACCUUUCAUCACCUUCAGCAGCCAAUGGCACAACUCUGCAGUCAGAGGAAAAGGGCUCCAGUGGAGAGAACGCUCCACAUGAGCCGCCAGCUGCAAACGGUACAGGUGCCUCGCUCACCAGUAACACCAGUCCCUCGCUGGGCGACGACCCAGUCGACAAGACACCCGGCUCAUUGAACAGCAAUAACCUGUUGCUCGAUGCUGUUGGGGAGGACCAGCCGAACGAAAACAACAACAACCCGUUGGUUUGUUCCAGUGAUCCGUUCGUUGAAAUCAACCUUGAUGACCCGGCGUGGUGCGAUCAGCUCCUCACCUCUCCUGAAGCUCCUUCUUCCGUCCUCCCCUUCUCGCCAUUCUCCUUCUCCUCCUCCUCCUCCUCCUCCUCCUCCUCUUAGCGCCUUCGCUGGUGACCCCCAGCUCAAGAUGGAGGCAACGACUGUGCCUGUAAAAGAUCGGCAGAGAGUUUUAUCUUUUAUUCCCAGUCUGCCUGCAACAAGCCGGGAUCGUUUGCCCGUGAACAGCGUCCAAAUUGACUGACUGUAAACAUUUAGUUGUGUCGUGUUUAAACCAGAGGUGCAUUUCAUGAGUCGGCCUUCUGUGACGUGACCCACCAGAGGGGCGGGGUCAUCACUCCUCAACCCCCAGGAAUUUUGUUUAAAGGUGCCAAAUUCGCAAUUUUAAAGCAUUUAAUGAUGAAAAGCCAGGUCAAUAACCAGUACGUUUUGGUUGGUCAGCAUACUUGCCACCCUCCGCACAUUAUCGUCUGAGGCCAAACCUACCGGGGGUAUCAGAAAACUGCUCAUUUUACAGAUGUUUUCCUGACUUCUAGUGAAUUUAUGGUGUAAACUUGUUGCUAAAAUGUGGAGCCGGAGCACAGCUGCAGAUCACACAGCGCUGCUAGCACUAGCAUAAGCCUAUGUAAAUAAAAGCUCGUUCAUUGCUUCACUGGCUUUUCACAGAAAACCCUGAGCUAACCGCUACCUCGCUAACCAGCCACGCCUCCGUGUGAUUGGCUGAAGCCUUCAGCAGCAGCGACCCUUCGUGUUGUGGCCUCUUCAAAGUGAAUGAAGAGCGUUUGAAGCUACUGUCAUUAUUGCUUUCUCAAACUACAAAAUAUGUUGCUUUAAGCUAUCAAGUAUCUGUCUCUUGUAUUUCUGCGACAAAAUAAAAGUUUUAACUGCGCAAAAGAA